ACAUGUGUAUAGUCUUCUCCCCUGUGUGUGACGGUGAGCGCUGACAUUCCCUGUUACCUGGCAGCUGUGGCCUGGAUGGGAGGAAAGCAGAUUCUGCCGGGAAGAGACUGACGGAUAAAAGCCAGCGUGGGUUCCCAAUGUCACUGCCAGAUUAUACCGGAAUUCCACCACCACCUACGUGUGACACAUGGCGUUCAACCAGAGAUUCGCAGGCCUUCAGCUCCAAGAACAAGGUAUUGACCUGAAACAGUUUGAAAGAGAUUUCCUGUCGGCCCAUAAUAAGUACCGGAAGCUGCAUGGGUCCCCGCCGCUACAGCUGAGCCAAGAUCUCUGCAAGUCAUCGCAGAAAUGGGCCGACUACCUGCUCUCUAUCCGGGCCCUCCAGCACAGCGACACCGAUUUGGGAGAGAACCUCUACUACAAAAGCUCCUCUAGCUCCAAGGGCCUACCAGGUAACGAGCCGGUGGACAGCUGGUAUAGCGAGAUUGAAAAUUAUAACUUCAGCAAACCUGGCUUCUCCAGCAACACAGGUCACUUCACACAGGUGGUCUGGAAGGACUCAAAGGAAGUUGGAUUUGGGGUGGCCACGGAUGGGAAAAGAGUGUACUUUUUGGUGGCACAGUAUAGCCCAGCUGGCAACAUCACCAACCCAGGCUAUUUUGAAAAGAACGUGCUGCCCCCUGGAGAAGCGUCACCUGCGGAUAGCACUGGAUCCAACUCGCGGUGGAAACCAGCCGGCAACAAGGAACCGGUAGAGAAUAAUUACAACGACAGAAAACCUUUCUCAGACACUGGCAGAGGUGCUGAAGGAAGCCAGUUCGAGAGAGACUUUGUCAGUGCCCAUAACACGUACAGGAAGAGGCACGGGGCAUCGCCGCUGCAGCUGAACCGGGACCUCUGCCGCUCGGCGCAGGAAUGGGCGGACCACCUACUCUCCAUCCGGACGUUGAAGCACAGCGGGACCGACCAUGGGGAAAACCUGUACUACAAAUACAGCUCUAGCACCAGGGAAUUGCCAGGUCAGGAGCCCGUGGACUCGUGGUACGAGGAGAUAAAGAACUAUGAUUUCGGAAGGCCCGGUUUCCGCAGUAACACAGGUCACUUCACGCAGGUCGUCUGGAAGGACUCGAAAGAGGUCGGCGUUGGGGUGGCCACAGACGGCAAUGGACUUUUCUUUGUGGUGGGACAGUACAACCCCGCUGGGAAUAUCACCAACCCAGGGUACUUUGAGAAGAACGUGCUGCCAACCGGAUCAGCACCAUCAACGGACAGCGAUGGAUCUGGCUCACGUUGGAAACCUGGGACCUCCAAGUCAUAUGUACCGGAGAAGACUGGAGACAGGAAACCUGUGGCUGGGGUCGUUCGACCGGUAAAACUGGGCACCUUUGAGCAGGAAGCGUUGGAUGCGCACAACAAGUUGCGGCAGAUGCAUGGAGCACCCCCCCUACAGCUCUCCCGCGACUUGAGCGAAUCCAGCCAGAAAUGGGCCGACCAUCUUCUGUCCAUCAAUGCUCUUCAGCACAGUAACACCAACCAUGGAGAGAACCUGUGGUACAAGUGGAACUCAAACGUCUGGGACGCCUCAGGCUCCGAGGUUGUGGAAACCUGGUACAGCGAGAUAAAGGACUACAAUUUCAGCAAGCCCGGCUUUCAGUCUAACACGGGUCACUUUACGCAGGUGGUUUGGAAAGACUCCAGAGAAGUUGGCAUCGCCAAGGCUGUGGACGGUAAAGGAAUGGUGAUCGCAGUUGCCCAGUACAGCCCAGCUGGGAACAUCACCAACCCCGGCUACUUCCAGAAGAAUGUCCUGCCAAAGGGCACCCCGGUAACUGAGGGGACGGCAGGUCCUAGCGACAGAGGGACAGCGGGAAGUUACUAUCCGCCAGCCCGCGGGGAGGAUUCUGCCGCAUCGUCCUCCGUAGACACAAGGGCGUUUGCGCUGGAGUUCCUGAAGAUCAACAACACUUACCGGUCGCAGCACGGAGCCAGACCCCUGCAGCUGAAUUCCAGGAUAAGCCAGGAGGCUCAGAAAUGGGCAGAGCACCUCCUGACGCUGAAGACCCUGAAGCACAGCGACACGUCCUGCGGGGAGAACAUCUGGGCCAAGACUGGAGGCCCAACAAUCACGGUGACAGGACAGGAAGUGGCCGACAGCUGGUACAAGGAAGAAAAGAACUACAACUUCUCCAAGCCGGGACACCAGCCAGACACAGGUCACUUCACCCAGAUGGUAUGGAAGGCAUCCAAGGAGGUCGGAGUUGGCGUGGCAUCCAGCGGGAAAGGGAUGUACAUCGUUGUAGCCCAGUACAACCCAUGCGGCAACGUCACCAACCCCGGGUUCUACUCUCGCAACGUUCUCCCUCGGGGAUCGAAGGUGACAGAUGACGACGAUGAUGAAGACGGUUUUGUGAAGGACUCAGCUACGAAUGGCAUUGUUGAUAUUCCAGAGAGAGAACUGAAAUCAUUCCGCAAAGAGCUGCUGAGCGAACACAACAAGUACCGCCGCCUGCACGGAUCCGGAGCGCUGCAGCUGAACGCGGGUCUGUCGCAGGAGGCACAGAAAUGGGCUGACCACUUGGUGGGGAUCCGAGCUCUGCAGAACAGCGAUACGGAACGAGGGGAGAACCUCUGGUACCGGUGGGGCACAGACGCCAGCCUGCCUUCUGGGAAGGAGGUGGCUGAAUCCUGGUACAAUGAGAUAACAAAGUACAAUUUCAAUAGCCCUGGUUUCCAGAGCGGUGCAGGUAACUUCACCCAGAUGAUCUGGAAAGGAUCAAGCCAGGUUGGGUUCGGGCUGAGCACGGACAAUAAAGGAAUGUACAUCGCCGUCGGCUUCUACGACCCAGCCGGCAAUAUCGCCAACAAAGGAUACUUUGACGACAACGUUCUGCCCAAGAAGAAGUGAUUGGGAACAAUGAUUGGUCCUCUCCGUCCACCAAAACCUGAUUGAUUGAUUUGAACGAGAGCUCCCUCUAGUGGCAGUGCUCUGUCACUACUGCGCUCAGGGAUUCUGGCAAUUUGGGUUUCUCAACCUCUGUGUAGCUCCGCAAAUUUUAAAAACGUUGCUUCUUUCGUGGAAAAGGGAAUCCAGUUUUAUACUAAAGUAAAAAGAAUGGAUAUAGUCUUAGACGUUUUUGGAAAAAUGAAGGCUUACCCGGUCCCAUUCACUUACCAAGUGAUACUGUCAUCGCCGGGAUCUAUACUCAGUCAUGAUUUAAACAGAAAGAGGCAACAUACAGCGACACUUAUGCCUCCCACUCCAAUCCAUCAGUCCGCACCCACAGUCUGACACGCCCUCUUUCAGUAGGCCCCACCCUUAUUAGGGUCAGAAAAUUGGGAUAAUUAGGAGGUAUUUACAUUGGGAUAACGUUACCUUGCUCUGAUGUGUGGGGAUAUAUUGAAUCUGCCAUAGAAAUGAACUGCUAAAAAUGUCCGGAAACGUGGAUGGAGUUUUGUGGGAUGACGAUAUGACAUGAAGUGGGUGUAUUUUGCACUAUCUAUCCUCUCACAGCUUUCGUAUUACUAUGCUAAUGAAGGAUAAUUAGGCCACAUGGCGAGUUAUGGUUAGCGACGGCCCUUAGUUGUCUCUUUGCACUCUGCAGGGAUAGUUACAUAGUUUGUCUGCAGUAAAUCUGCUCCCAAUGGUCCAUAUACCUUACAGCCAUAGCUGCGCUUGUGAAGUUGCAUCCGCCCUGGUGGAUUGUAAAACUGCCUUCUAAUCCAGCAGCGCCGCGAGGGGUAAACCGUGGGUACAAGUUAAAAGGGGGUGUUUCUCCAAGGGAACACCCUGGUAAAGUGUUGUUUACAUAACACUGCUCUGUUACCUAAUACUCUGUGUGUCUUAUGGCUGUUUGUGAUGUCUUCAUUCUUUAUUUUGUUUUUUAUAUGUGUGGUGGGCAAGCACAGCCGAUCAAUUUACUGGGUCGUGGUUACACCACCGAGGCACGAGCCACUUUGUGUCUCGGAGUUCUCUCUAGUUCUUGGCCAAUUGAUAAGCUGCAGUCACACAGGGGGCCGUUCAUCACACAAAAUGGCUACAUACACAGCAGGUCCGUUUUAAGGUAGAAACUCCUAUGUAUCUGGAAAGAGUGGCUUGCUGAGGGUAAAUCCGAGAACCCGCAGUGUUAGACCACUAAUGUUCAAGCACUAUGGUUUCAUUUGCAACUUUUUUUUUCAAAGUUUUUUUUUUGUUUAGUUUUUAAUACUCCAAAGCUGUCCGCACACAUACUGUACUGCGAUGCUGCAGUCAUUUGCAGUCACUCCAGAUACUGCAGCAUUUCUGAAUCCAUAAGACCGCGAUUCCAGGUUGUAUCAAAACUGAUAGGAUCACGAUCAGUCAUAGGGUGAUGUAUAUCAAAGCUUGGAGAGAGAUAAAGUGCAAGCCAGUCAGUGCCAAUCAAGUUGAUUGGUUGAUACUUUAUCUCUCUCCAAGUUCUGCUAAAUGUCCCCCAUGGUGCGGGGAAAAAAUGCCCCAUAAAUAACCGUAAGAUCCCGUGCGUGUGAUUGCCAUCCACAAUAAUGGGCAGUAGUAAAGCCACAACGGAUCCGGUUGCACAGCCUGAGAGGCGAAUGGGGGGGGUGAGUGUUCUCGUCUGAUAUGGGGACACGUCUGUGGUAAAUUUGGGCACUGAUCCAAAUUUUUUUUAGCCCUCAAGGAUCAAAUGAUUAAAAUAGAAGGUUCUAUGUAGGUACUUAAUUGCCGGAACGCUGCACUACUUGAUGCUCUAUCUAAACCGCUUUAAAAUGGAUUUUAAUAAUGAGCUUUAAAGUACCUAAACCCAGCUGCUGAUACUACCCUGCCAUUAUACCAUGUGAGUGUCAGAGCUUGUGCCUCUUACGGUGAUUGGGAAUGGAUCAUAAAUAUUUUUUUACACGGUAAAGCUGGACGAGCGCCCUGGAAAAUAUCUCACUGGUGUGCCGAAUCCCUUUCACCCCCCCUGCACGUAAACGGGAACAUGGGGUAGGGAGUACAUUGGUCAAAUAUUUUCCUAGGUGGUCGGGCAGCUUGGAGUAGGGAUAUUUUUUUAAUGCCACUCUCUGGACAACGUUACGAAGGUUUCUGGGUCAUACCACUAAUGUCAAUGCAGUCUGAAUGUGCUACAUUCUCCCUAGCCACUGCCGUAUGUCCUUGUUAUCUAUUAAAAAAAACAAAAACAAA